AUUUCUCAUAAUUUUUUCAAAAGGAAAAAUGGAUUCAAACAGAAGAAUACAAAAGGAAGUUUAUAAAAUGAAAAUAACUUUCUAAAUUUAAGCUGUGUUAUUAGAUGAGUUUCAUAUCUAAAAUACGAAUCAGUAGGAAUCUACGAGGGAAGUUGAUUAAAAUAUGAUUUUAUAAGUUAUUUAGGAUGAAGAUAUUAGAACUAUUAUUACAACAAGCUCAUAAAUUUAACGAGAAUUUAUUCAAAUUCCAAUUAUUUUUGUUCAAGUAAAUUAAGAUGGAUAAGUUAAUUCAGAUAUAAUUAUUCGUGAUAAUGGUUCUAUUACUAUAACACAGGGGAACAUUCUUUACUUAUUUGAUACAUAUAUUACAAUGAUAAAAUACAUAAUUUGUCUUCAGCUAAUAAGAAACUUUACAUAAGAUUUACAUAAUUUAGAUCCUGUAAGAAAUCUAUUUAAUAAUAUUUUAGCUUACUUAAGAUAUAAUAAAGUCAAAUAAGGAGUUAAAAGAUUAUAUUGAACUUAUAAAGUUUGGAUUAGGUUCUUCGAAUUCAACUCAAGAUCCUAAUUCAUAAAUUUUGGUAAACUAAUAAACAUACUAAUUGCCUCCCCCAAUUAGAAUUCCAGUAUUCUAAUUCAAUUAAUUUUAACUCAAUGAGUGA